UUUGACUUGCGUGACUGGCGAACAUAGUGAUCAAUGGUCAAGAAGUGCGUGACAUUUGCACGCAUUGCAUGCCUAUUGGCAACCCGCGAAACCUGGUUCAAGUAACACCUGACGCUUUUCUCUACUUCCAAGAUCAAACAUGGAUUCUUUCCAAGCUAAGGACAAGACUUGGCUUGGAGUAGACGCACUUUUACACGAUUUUCAAAAUAUAAUCGACGAUCAAGACACCGCAGAUGUUUUGUUCCUAGUUGGACAAGGAGAAACUGCAAUAUAUGCUCACAGAUUGAUUCUGGUAGCAAGAUGUAGGCACUUUCAGAAUCGCAAGAGGGAGUUGUGGUCCUCCAAGUCAGUUCAUUCGCAGCUUACAGUAAGAAAGCCCGAAUUCCGACCUGAUGUGUUCCGUGAAGUUUUGACGUUCGUUUACACGGGAAAGGUUGAACUUCAUAGUCGCACAGCCUUAGAGAUGCUGAGGAUUGCCGAAGACCUAGAAAUAACAGAUUUAAAGUUGGCGUGUGAACAAUAUUUCAUGGAUAAUCUUAGUAUAGAAAAUGCAGCAGAGUUUCUAGCAGAUGCUAUGUCUCUGUCAAGAGGAGUUGAUUUUGGAGGAAUGUCAUCUUUGGUGGACAAAUGCACUGGAUUUAUGGAGGAGAAUGCGGAAGAAGUUGUAAAAACUGAAGGCUUCCUUCUCCUUCCAAAGCCGGCGAUGAUAAGACUUGUGUCAAGUGACCAGUUUGCAGUUUCAGAGGAGGAGCUUUGGAGAGCUGUUCUGUUGUGGGCAAAAAGGGGUUCUGGUGUCAAUAAACCAACUAAUCAGUGGACGGAAGAGGAUAAUGACAAGAUUAAGGAGGAGCUGUCAGGUGUAAUUGAGCACAUCAAGUUACUGUUAAUUGACAGCAAAGUGUAUGCCGAAGAAGUGGAGCCCACAGGAGUUGUACCAAUGGAGGUGUCUUUAGAGAGGUAUCGAUUUGCAGCAGUGCCCACUCAUUUCAGAAAAGCUGAAGAUCCUCGUCUAAGACCUAGAGCUUCUCAAAAGUUGUUUCACAACACAAGUCUGUUGUCAAAGGAUUGUCUGAAGUUUCAACAUACACUGAAUGUUUGGUUUGGAAAUGAACAGCAAGAAUGGCAGCUGUUGUACAGAGCUUCAAAGGAUGGAUUCUCAGCUGCGGCAUUUCAUACAAAGUGUGAUGGCCUUUCACCAACAAUAACAGUUGUUCUGGGUACAAAUGGAAAUUUAUGUGGUGGGUUCAGUGAUCAGCCAUGGCGGAGUGAUAUUCCUCGUGGAAAAUACAUGCCAUCCAAAAGGGCAUUCUUGUUUACGUUGAUCAACUCUGAAGGCAGCCCUCCAAGCAAGUUUGACGUUACACACCCUAAGUAUGCCACUCUUCAUCAUCCAAGGUGUGUUGCCAUGAACACAAAUAAAUUGUAUACCUUUCAUUGGUUACUUUCUUAGUUACAGACUUUGAGGAUUUUUUUUUUUCUUUUAGAGAAAUAAUAUGAUAUAAUGUUUGUUUAGAUGAGGGGUCUGCAACCCCCUUCCUACUCAGGUAGAACGCUUGCAUUUAAAUUUACUGAGUCUAAUCUAUAAAUUCAAUCACAUAAGUAUUAAGGUACAUUAAUCACCCCUGUCAUUUUUAUUUGGGAGUCCAUCCCCCAAUCAUACCCAUUAGGUCUGCACGGCAAUAUGCAGUACCAUCAUCUCAAUCUGCAAUUGUGUCAUCAGGCUUUUUUGACAAAAAGGAUCUUGCAGCAAAGAAGAGCCUGUGUUUCACUGGUUGUUUUUACGUUGAUUAUGGAAUUGGCAAUAAGUCGCACAGGCCAACAAUACACUCUAAGGGUUCUGUACAUAUUGCUUGCCUACGAUGCUUUGUUAGUUCUCUCUUGGAAACGAGAAGUAACCUAGUGAUUUAGGGCACUGGUUAUGAAGUCUGGAGUGGUCCAAAUCCUUCAUACUGCCAUUAACUUUAUUUUCUUUUAGUAGCUCUGA